AUGAGUUUUUAUUCAUCUUCAGAUCAUCUUCAACAAUCUCAUCCGAAUCCAUCAUGUGAAUAUUGUGGGAAGAAAUGUAAUUCAACAAAUGAUCUUGAUUUUCAUAAGUUAAAUGAGUGUAAUAAAAUUACUAUACCUUGUGCUCUCAAAGAUUAUGGAUGUUCAACAUCUGUUGUUCGUGCUGAAAUAGUCGACCAUUAUAAAACUGAACGACAUCAGAGUUCAAUAAUCACUUUUAUACGUAAGAUUUUAUCAAAAUCAAUAAAUGAUCAACAUGGCAGAGGCUCGACAAUGGAUGCUGAUACACUUCAUCAUACUACUAUGAUGUCAUCCGAUAACGUAAAUAAGCAAUUACAGGAAGUGUGUCAAACAGUUGACAUUCUCGCUGAUGGAGUUUCAACAUUGAAUGAAGAUACACAACGAUUGAGUCAUGAAUCACUUCAUAUAAAUAAUGCUUUUGAUGCAUUGAUCCGUGAAUUUGCGAUAUUGAAAUUAAGUAUUCAAGAACAAAGCACAUAUUUAGAUGGACUUAAACCUAAUCAGGAUAUUCUUAAUGAAGAUGUUGCGUCAUCAAAACAAAAACUUGACGAUAUACAAUUUGUUUCUUAUGAUGGUACAUUAUUAUGGAAAAUAACAAAUUUUAACAGUAGAAUGGGUGAGAAUUUUUUAACAAGAUUUAUUCUCAUAAAAGAUAAUCCAUAG